UGGGCUAAUGUUAGCUAGCAGGCUCUGUGUUCAUCUACACAUGCUGUCACGGAGCUUUCGGUGCACUGGUGAAACCCCGGGCAGAAUCAAAGCAAGCUUGCCAACUACCACGUUAAGCCGGGAAUUUCUCAUAAAACGCCGUAUCAGUGAUGGCCAAUGCAUCAUUUUCUCAUGAUGCAUUUCUAGAUUAAACAGGUUGUGUUAGCUAGCUUCUUAUUUUACCUUCAAGUGUCUAGCAAUUUAACUAAGUUAGGAUAGUCCCCUCUUUUAAUGUUAGCACAGCUACGUUAGCUUGUUAUAGAAUAUACACGUAUCACUGUUUGCUAAUGUAUAUACAUGGCAAAUGUGUGACUUCGCAAUCUUGCUAAUUUAGCUAGCCAGAUAGCUGGAUACACACUGAGGCGUGCUAGCUGUCAAUGCUACAUAGCGUUUAUGUUCAAGGUGAACUAUGCAUAUCAAGAUCCUCGGAAACUCGCUGCGUUUGCUGCAGAAUCUGGAGAAGAGUUUUGGCAGCCCGACUGGAUUUAAUCUCUUACAUUGCUGGCUCAGACCCAAACCACCGACCCAGCCGAACCCGUUUUUGACAGAGAGAACCCAAUCCUGCUUCACUGCCGCACGCAGUGACUUCAGUCAAAGACGUUACCCAGACCCUUUCUGGAACUGUCGUUUAAGAUGGGAAAGACGCUUGCUUUCGGGGGAGCAAUGCGUUUUUGGAUCAGCCGUACACAGGACAGUUUGCCUGACCACGAUAGUGCCAAAGCGGUUCUACACGGCCUCUGCCGCCGUGCCAGUCGCAAAAAAGAUGGCGUUGCCGGGGAAGCGGGCGCCCAAAGGCCCGAGGACCAAGCAGCCGUCUAGAUCCAACCAGCCCUUGUUGGAAGAGGACACGGACUUGAUGCAGUGCAUCGCGUUCGCCACAGCGGACCACUACAUCUUACCCUCUCUCAGCCAAGAAUUGACGGCCCACGGGUUUCUAGAAAUGACGGAUUUUCCCAGAGAUGCACCCAAUGUGCUCAUUAUGGGGGGAGAAAUGGCUUCUAAGGCUAAUGACUGUGCAAAGAUAUUUUUCUUCAGGGAGGGCUCUGUUGUCUUCUGGAAUGUAGAGGAGAAAAUGAUGAAAAACGUGAUGAGGAUCUUGGAGCGUCACGAGGUCAACCCGUACGAGGUGGCCCUGGUUCACUGGGAGAACGAGGAGAUCAACUACUCACUGGCCGAGGGAACCUCGAAGCUGCACCGUGGGAACUUCCUGCUGAACUGCGAGCUGGAUCCGGACCAGGCGGUGCUGGAAAAGUUUGCCUUCUCCAACGCUCUCUCGCUAUCAGUGAAACUGGCCAUAUGGGAGGUGUCUCUGGACAAUUUUGUGGAGUCGAUUCAGUCUAUCCCCGAGAUGCUGAAAUCCGGAAAAAGGGUGAAGCUUUCUCGAACAGAGGUGAUGCAGAAAAUCGGAGAGCUCUUCGCACUGAGGCACUGCAUAAACCUGAGCUCCGACCUGCUGCAGACCCCUGACUUCUACUGGGACCGAGAGAACCUGGAGCAGCUCUACGACAAAACCUGCCAGUUCCUCAGCAUCAACCGCCGGGUCAAGGUGAUGAACGAGAAGCUGCAGCACUGCACGGAGCUGACGGACAUGAUGCGCAACUACCUGAGCGAGAAGCACGGCCUGCGUCUCGAGUGGAUGAUCGUCAUCCUCAUCACCAUCGAGGUGAUGUUUGAACUUGCCAGAGUGAUCUUUUAAAAAGAAAGGCAAAGACGGACAACAACAUGCUCCAAGAUCUGCAGACCGUGCACAUUUGAACAAGGAAGAAGCAGAUGCCCUUAGCCACAAUUCACCCAAACUCCAAGACAUCACGUCUUCAAAUCGGCUCUUAUUUUGACUGACCAUGAACGUUCAAGACAUAUUCAAGAACUGAAAUGAAUCAAGUAUAACUCCAGUAUGCUUAAUUUAUAUGCCUUCAUUGUUAUUGUUAUUUUAGGAAUCUCAGAUUGAUGUCACAAGCACUAUAUUUGCCCCCCUGAACAACCAGUCACAGUUCUGAUGAAGUCAAUUGGCCGCAUCAAGAGCAGCAGUGUACCUGAUUGGCCCAUCCCCUUUCUGUGUCCUUCAUCUUAAUGGCAGUUGUGAUGUGAGACCCCCUCCCCCCCCCCCCCUUCAGUAGUACUGAAGUAUCGAUUAUGGACAGGGGCUGGCAGAAGUCCAUGCUUUUUAUAGUAACGAACACGUGCCUCUAAGACGCCAUUGCCUUUCUACUCAUGUUCAGCUCCUUCAGCUUGUCAGGGGAGAGACCGGUGAAUUUCAAAUUUCAAAAGCCUUCCACAUUCCAGAACCUUGUAAUUGUUUUACCUGAGAUGUCUUCAAUAGCACACAGCUGACGUCUGGAGAUUACCGUCAGUUACACAGUUGGGAGAAAAAUGUGUCAAAGGAAUCUGUACGCCUACGCGGAAGUGAAUUAAAUCUUGGCGGAGAAAAUUGAGCUCAAACUUUUAAGGCUUUCACCCUGGUUAUCAUAAACAUAGCUGAGGCACUUCUCAAGUCAUAGUCUGGAUUCAGUAAUCAUUUUUAAUUUACAAAACUUAUCUGGCAUUACAUGAUGAAAAAUGAGUACAACACUUUGGCAAGUUUAAUUCAGUACAAAAUGCUGAAUUUUCUGGUGUCUAAAUGUGACGUUUUUUAACGUCUGCAUUGCAAUCAGCACUGUCCCACAGAAAUCUAAUUAAUGUUUCCCAUUGAUUUUCAAUUAUUAGAAAAACACUGUUAAAAGAUGUCUUUAUUGCUGCAGUCCCCUGCAAAUUGAGGGGGGAUUGGGAGUGGGGGGAUGAUACUUUUUGAGAUGGAUUACUCUCAGAAUAUCUUGUCUGCUUAAAAGCACAAGGAAGUGUCGUUGGCAGCUACUUAGCGACGAGCUUCGAACACAAACGUGAACACCAGCCAAUUUGUCAGCGAUAUUAGCGGUGACAUGGUUGUACUUGACACGUGACCUUCAGCCAGGGAGUUAGCGCAUAAGAAGGAUGCAUUUCACUCGCUGUACAAGACAUUUAGAAUUAAAUAUAUUUUUGGGCACAGUUUCGAGAGAGUGUGUGCUAUUUGAUCCUUUACAUAACUCUUACAUGCCUUUCCAAGAUGAGUUCAAGGUGUAUGUCUACCAAUCAGUUGUUUUUUUUUUAUACUAUAUGCUACACUUCUAUUUGAGCUUAAACAUUUUACAACAGUAAACAUGCAACAGUAUUCUAGAAAGCGAAAAUGAAAGGCUUUUGCUCUGGUUUAUAAUUUCAAUAUUACUGAAGAUCACUGGGUUCAUGUCUACCUUUGUCCUUGAACUUGAAUGCCACAUUACUUUUUUGACCAAAAAUAGCUUUUUCCCCAUUUCUCUUGCGAUCAUGUACCCUCACACAAACAACAUAAUACAAACCAUUCUGUAA